UCUCUGCAAAAAUAUUCAAAUUUGAGGAAAGGAUGGCCGGGCACGGUUGCCUAGGCAACCGGUAGGUUCUUCUUCGGGAGGCACCGGUGAAAAGCGCCAAGUCUCGGGGGCGUCACACGUGGGGGCAGGCGAUGUUGUGCUGCCGCCCCAAGAAGGCCCCCGACUCCCCGGAGCCCCCGGCAGAAGAGCCGCCCCCGCCGGCGGAACCGUCCCCGAAGAAAAAAGCGCCCUCGCCGCCGCCUCCGGAGGCCUCGUCGCCGGCCAAGCAGGUUGAAAACGGCGCGGAGGCGGAAGAGCCGUCGCCGGGGGCGCGCGACCGCCUCCGCGAAAGCCGCCUCCGCUUCUUCAGGGAAGGUGGAAUUGUCGCAAUGAGUGCUUCACUUCAGGCGUUUGACGAUAUUCUUCAGGGGCCGCUGGCCACCUACUUGGCCGCCUCGACCAAAAUCGGCGGGGAUGUCGCCACCCAUGCCGACGUUGUGCGCCAAGCUUUUGCAGUGCAGAGGUCAUACCUGGAGAUGGCAAGCACGAGUGCCGCUCCAGCUGCGGCUCAGCUGCAGAACUUUUUGCAGCCGACGUCUCAAAAGAUCCAGGAGAUUCAGCAAUUCCGGGAGAAAAACCGCGCCUCCAAGUUGUUCAACCACCUGAGCGCAAUUUCUGAGAGCAUCCCUGCUCUGGGAUGGGUUGCUGUGUCGCCCACUCCUGGUCCCUACGUGAAGGAGAUGAAUGACGCCGGCCAGUUCUAUACCAACAGGGUCCUCAAGGAGUGGAAGGAGAAGGACAAAGUGCAUGUUGAUUGGGUGCAAGGCUGGGUGCAGACCUUGACGGAGCUGCAGAAGUUCAUCAAGCAGCACCACACCACCGGACUUGUUUGGGCUGGCAAGCAACAAGCAACUGCUGGGGCUCCCCCUCCACCCCCUCCAGGUUGUCCGCCACCACCUCCCGUCCUGGACAUGAGUCAACUGAAUGUCUCGAAUGGAGACGACCCCAACGACCGAUCGGCCCUCUUUGCUGAGAUUAACAAGGGCGAGGGAAUCACCAGUGGACUGAAGAAGGUGACUUCUGAUAUGCAGACCCACAAGAACCCUAACCUGCGGUCCGGACCAGCACCUUUCAAGGCCCCCGCAUCGAACGCCUCCCCUGCUGCCAAGGUCACUCCUAUUGCAAAGCCGCCAAACAUGGCCAAGGAGGGAAAGAAAUGGGUUGUGGAAUACUUCAAAGGUCGCAAGGAUCUGGUGAUUGACCAGGUUGAGAUGAACAAUGUCGUGUACAUAUUUAAGUGCGAAGAUUGUGUGGUCACCAUCAAGGGAAAGCUCAACUCAGUGGUGAUGGAUUCAUGCAAAAAGUCCGCAAUCGUUGUUGACUCGCUCGUUGCGUCUGCAGAGUUUGUCAAUUGCCAGUCGGUGCAGAUGCAGGUUUUGGGAACUGUGCCUACCGUUUCGGUAGACAAGACCGAUGGCUGCCAAAUGUACCUGAACGAGCAGUCGCACCACGUCGAGAUCGUCUCGUCAAAAUCUUCAGAAAUGAACAUCUUGCUUCCUGACCAAUCGGGCGAAUUUGUUGAGUAUGCUGUGCCAGAACAGUUCAAGACGACCAUCAACAAGGGCGGAAAGGGCAUCAGCACAGUCGCUGUUGAAAGUCUUGGAUAAAAGCACCAAACUUAAAUUUAUCAACACUCAAAACUCAAAUUCGCCACUCUUUGUGGUGUCUCAAUAAUUUGAUAGGGUCUAAGUUUUGUAUUUAUUAUCCGAAAAUGUACUAACGACUUAAUAUGAACACAGAAAUUAUUGACAUAACUCGAUCAAUUUGUGAACGCUGGGAAGUUGUGCAAAGAACUUCUGCAUGUCUUGUCAUUUUAAACUGAGCAAUUUUUUUUAAUCCAACCUGCUGAGUUUUUACUCCAACUUUAAGACUACAAUUUAGCGCUGUAAAAAUGAUUGGAAUGAUUUUCAUGUCUUAACGCAUUAUUAAGAAAUAAACUUGCUUAAAUAUUUA